CAGCCAUGUCAUAAUCUUUUUUAUGGCUUUGCUCUUGACCCUUGCACCAAAGAUGAAAAAUUAGCGGAGAAAAAUCUUGAAUCCUAGAUUUCAUGCUAUUUUAAGACCUCUAAUCGGAGAUGCUCUUAUACUCCAAGUAGGAAAUAUUGGGAGUUGUAUUUUUUCUUUUUGAAGCAAAGUAAAGUCGGAUUCUUCAGUUUGGAUAUACAUCGUACUCAUACGUGGAUACACGCCUCCAUUAUUUGUAUCUAUUCAAAUUUCAGUCUGUUUGCUUAAAUUGUGUUAGUCCUGGGACUCUUAGCUCACAAGCUAGUUUAGCAAGAACCAAAAAAAAAAAAAAAAAAAAAAAAAAACAAAGAAAAAAAAAAAAAGAUUUAGUUCAAGAUCAAUCAGUUAUGGCGAUUUCUAGAGCUUUAAAAGUAGGAUUUACCAAUUUAAAAUCCAAAUUCCUACUUCCACCACCAUCAUCAUCAUCAUAUUUAUACAGGUUCUUUUCAGAUUCCAAUGUCCCAAUUGAGAAAGAGAAGGUUGGAUUUAUAGGACUUGGAAAUAUGGGAUUUCAUAUGGUCAAUAAUCUCAUUUCCUCUGGAUUAUAUCAUGUCUCUGUCCAUGACAAAAAUUUGGAUGCAAUGAAGAAGUUUUCAGAGAGAGGGAUAGCUACUAAAGGAACCCCUUUUGAAGUUGCACAAACAAGUGAUAUUGUUAUUACCAUGCUGCCUUCAUCCUCCAAUGUUAUGGAGGUUUACACUGGACCAAAUGGUUUGCUUCAAGGUGGGGAGGAUCCCGUAAGACCUUGGUUAUUCAUAGAUUCAUCUACAAUUGAUCCUCAGACGUCAAGAAGGCUUUCUGCAACCGUAUCUAACUGUGCCCUAAAAGAGAAGAAAGGUUUCAGGAACACCUCUGUCAUGUUAGAUGCUCCAGUUUCUGGAGGUGUUCUUGGUGCAGAGGCUAGGAGCCUUACUUUCAUGGUUGGCGGGUCAGAGGAUGCUUAUUUGUCAGCAAGCCCUUUAUUUUUAUCCAUGGGAAAGAACACAAUUUAUUGUGGUGGGGCUGGAAAUGGCUCUGCUGCAAAGAUAUGUAAUAACUUGGCAAUGGCUGUCAGUAUGCUCGGAGUGUCAGAAGCCUUGGCUCUUGGUCAAUCACUAGGAAUUACUGCAAGUACGUUAACCAAGAUAUUUAAUUCUUCCAGUGCUCGUUGUUGGAGUAGUGACAGUUACAACCCAGUGCCUGGAGUAAUGGAAGGAGUGCCCUCUUCAAAGAAUUAUGAUGGUGGAUUUUCGUCCAACCUUAUGGCCAAAGACUUGAAACUUGCCUCAGCAUCAGCGGAAGAUAUUGGUCUCAAAUGCCCAUUGACAUCUCAAGCAAAAGAGAUAUACGUCAAGUUGUGCGAGGAAGGUCAUGGAAGCAAGGACUUCUCCUGUGUUUUUCGCCAUUACUUCUCUGGUUCUGAUGAAUGUUAGUUCGGUAUUCUACCAGUGAAGAACAACCAUUGCAACACUGUACAGUUCUGGCUAAAUGAUGUUAAAAUAUGUAAUAGAAAACGAAACAUAGUUUCUCUGGAACUUAAGAUAACUAGAGAAGCACUUCCUAGUAACUUGUAAUUUAUAAUGUAUUCGAAGUUAUAUUGAAACAGCAAUUUCCGCA